AUGGAUGAUGACCCCACCAUAAGUGCGAACGCAACACAGACAAGUGAGGGAGUGUGUGUGUUGAACGUCGCUGAUGGUGAGGAUGCAGCGGCUAGGGAGAAUAUGCAUACACGCAAAUCUUGUAGCGUAAGUCCAUGUGGGAGCCCAAGGCAAAGGUACAAAAAGAGAAAAAAAAAAAAAAAAAAAAAAGAAGAGUUCAAAAGGGAUAAUAAAUUAGCAGCGUUCGAUUACAGAAAAUAUUACGAACGGGUGAACAAGUGGAAUGAAAAAAGACGAGCAUACACAAAGACGGAAUUUUAUGAGGGAGGAAAAAAGGCAACGAGCAAGGUGUGGAAAACCAAGGGGAGUGAAAGGGAAGGAAAAAAAAACGGAAAGAGGAAGUAUGAAGUUUCGCAAUGCCUAUCUAUCCAUCAGCAGAAAAACAACAAAACUGAGGGUAAUGAUAAGGAUCUCUGUAGGCCCAAGGGGGCGGGUGACCCCGUCUCGAAAUGUACCAAACAUGGCAAAAGCAUCGUCAACAGAGUCAACAGCCUCAGCAGCUGCGUUAGUGCCAACUGUGGAGGGAAGAACAACCUGGUAGGUAGAGAAAAUGAAAUUGCCCCCCGAUGUGGGAUCAACGUCAAUUACGAAGUGAGCCAAGUGGGACAAGUUGAACAAGACAAGGGAAGAAACAAAAAACAGGAAUAUCAGAUGAAUCAGACAGAUCAAGUGGACGAAUGGACAAAUGAAAAAAGUAAGUGUUACGACAAUACGCGUGAUCCCCUAACGAUGAAGCACGAGGAUGAUUCCUUCUCUCCCUUCAUAUAUCUCAAUAAACACAAACAUUAUGAGCGGGACCAAGUGGUAAAGACAAGUGAUAUGCAUAAUAAUGCGAGUUCUAAUGAAACGAUAGUGGAGAAUGACGAAAAGAUGACCUACUCGAAUAGGACUAUAGCUGAUAGUUUUGACGAUGUGGUCAAUUUGAGUCUGCGCGCUUCUAACGGGGAGAACUUGGAUGAUUCCGAGUUCACCGUUGUUCAUGUCGGGGGAGACCACGCCAAUUGGAAUCACCUCAACGGUGAUUACAACAACUUCCUCCACAAACCUACGAUCCUUAUGAAGCCAAAGGAGCCUAAUAGCCACACGUGCACUCUCCCCUUGGAAAAACCAAACGGACACAUGGUUGGUAGACAGACGGAAAAGGGAACCCCCAAAACAAGCAUAUACAACGAAAGGAUUCAAUUUGAGGUAAGUGAUUCUCUCAGAAACUCUCAUGAGGAGGAUAUAUUGAGCCUCCCUUUAAAAAUGCAUGAACCAUUUUGCACUCAUGAUGGAGAGAAAAACUCGGGACAUUCGAGUAGCUACCCAAAAACCUUCUCGAGCUAUGACCAGCCGAAUGGCGCUCCCCAAGAAGGAAUAUACAAGGGAAUCCAUAAAUGCAGCUACGGAAACAAUGAUAGAAGCAACAACGGAGGUAGCUGCGAUCAACUACGCAGGCGCUUUUCGAAUCGUUUCUACAGGUGGCCCCCCCUGAGCAUCAAAAACCCCUUCGCCUUCAUCUAUAAAGGUGCCAAAUUUUUUGAUCACGUUCAAGAGGCGUGCAAAAAAAGGACAACCCAAGAAGCACAGCCACACACGACCACCACAAUAAACGUAUAUGCAAAGAGGAAAAAAAUAUACACAAAGGAAGAACGCAUAGAAGAGGAAGCCAUAGGCAAAUUGCCCAUCUCCAAGAAAGAACUUCUCUUCAAUUUUGAAAUGGAUAAUUUUAAGUCCUCGGAAAAUUCCUCACUACAAAUUUGGGAAGGUGCUACAAGCAAAGUCAAAGCCGCUUUGCAAAGAUGCAAUUGGAAGGAGAACAAAAUGAACAGAAAACUCACCAAACAGUUCGGAAUAACGACAUCCCAAGAGAGACUCCUGAAAAGGUUAAGCAGCCUGGAUGAAUUGAACAGAUGUGACACAGAUGAGGAGGGAAUAAGAGAGGAGAGAAGGACGCCCAUUAUGGGCAUGGAACAAAGCAAACCUGAUUAUGAGGAACGAGUGAACUCCCCGAGGAAACAUAAAACCGAUAAAGAGGAAAAGGAAGAAAAACCCAUGAACAAGCACAAACGACUGAUAGACGUAGGGGAAAAAAACACGGAUAGAAACUUUGAUAUUUUUUUAUCCCUCUUCAUGAAGCACGAAAAAAAAGAAGAAUUCCUCUUCUGUCUAAUAUGCGACGAAGAGCUGACGGAAAAUUCUAUUUUUUUUCAAAAUUGUAUCAAGCCAAUGUUAGACGAAUAUAGAAGAUCCAAAUUUGAGAAAGUGAAGAAAGAAAAAAAUACCUCUCCCGAUGCAUCCCUCAGGGAUAUACAUAUAAACAAAAUAAUUCUAGAAAUUAUGAUACCAUCUAUAAAGAAAAAGUACCUCAAGUAUGUGAGUGGGCUCUACGAUAAAAUGGAACCUACUACUAAUAACGACAUGAACGGCUCAGAUGAGCUACAAAAGGAGGUACUCGAAAUUAACCAGAAAAUGGAAAACUUAAACAUCAAAUCGCUAGAUAAGCAUAGCACAGAAGUGCACUUAAAAGAAACUAGCCGUUAUGAAAAAAAAAUUAAAUUAAUUGAAAAACCAAAAUGGAGCAAUGAAGAAAAUUUAAAAAAACUCCUACUGAAACAGCAAAAUUAUAACCCCUUUACUAUAUUUGGGACUAGCAUUAAGGAAGUACAUUUAGAAGAAGUCUUCACCCUCGAUGUAUACAACAAUUACGUAACCAAUGAAGACAGAUUUAGAAACAAAAUUUUGUACGAUUUGUACGUAGGAAAAUAUAUACAGAAUUUGUACCACAAAAUUGAUUACCAAGAAUGGACCUUUGUUCUUGACUCUCUGAAAAAACAGUGGAAAUAUUUUACCAACCUAGAAUGUAAUAUGUUUCUGGACCCCCUGCUAUUGGAAGAAAUAUUAUGGUACAUUGAUGAGAACAAAAUGUAUAAGGACAAAAGUGAAGACAUGUACAUUUAUGAGUACUGCUUCUGCCCUACUCCCGAUCCUGGCAAAGAGAUGAAUCUGAAUGACGUAAAGCACUUUGCCACAUCAAUGGCGGAGAGGUACACGUUACACCAGGAUGUGAAGUAUAAAAAGUUGUCCCUAAAUGAGGAGCAUUCCUCCCCGCAUAAGGCGCUUAUUGUAAAAUAUGAUGAUGUUAGUGUGGACCAAGACGUAAUAGUUUAUGCAGGAAGGCAGAAGGAAAAACUAACAAAGGAAGCCCUCCUUUUUAAUGUACCUAGACCAUCCAGUACAUUCUACUACGACUCAGACUUUUUUGAAAAUAAAAUAAAAAAACACAUGUUCAGGAAGAAAGUGAAACACUGCAAAGGUAACUUGGACAUGAAUUCUCCAUCCGGGAAAGGGGAAGAACCCUUUACAAUAAAAUAUAAGUCCAAAAAAUGGACCUCUCAAAAAUUUUUCGACAACUUUUUUUCUAAUUAUUAUCUGUACAAUUUUGACAGAAGUAAUCGGAGGUACAACUCCAUAAUUUAG